AUGCCCUGCUGUACCUGGCGGUGCCCCACCACCUCCAGGACGCGGUCCUGCGGCAGGGGUUCAGGACCCGCUGGCGCAGCAGCGUGCCCCGUGGCGGGCACCGAGGAGCAGGCGUUGCGGGCGCUGGCCCGCAGCUCCCCAGGCCCCGCGGCGUUGCUGGCCGUGACGUCCCUGCGCGACGGCAGCGGGAGGCACUACACCGUGACGCCGGGGCGCAGGGGCGGCUUCAGGAUCCGCUCGCCUGGCCUGCCGCGCACGUGCCUGAGCGCGGCCGACACCCUGAGCGUCGCGUACGUGGCGGUGCCGCGGGAGCUGCGGGACGUCAUCCUGCAGGAGGGCUACCAGCCUUCGCGCCGCCACAGCGUGCCCACGUCUCCCUCACGUGCUGGCGCUGCAGAGGCCUUCUGCCGGAACCACGACGGUCCAUUCGAGGUGCUCGGUGUGCUGCUGGACCAAACAUACCUCGCCACUGGCAUAGAGGUGGGUGGAAGCUGCGGACGCCAGUGCUGCCGAGCGAGCACUUGA